UUCCAGAUGCCGAGCUUCUUGAAAAGAAGCAUCUCCAGUUUACCCUGCUCGCAGUCUAUGAACGUCUUCCCGAGCAAUAACAACGCCUCCGCCACCCACACCAACGACAGCUCAGUCACCUCGGUCAGUCUAUCGCCACUGCCCCAACAACCUCCGCCACAGACCGCCUUAGACAGCCGCAAGGCCGUGAGCAUAAUACGCGAGGAAUCAUCUCACGCACACAGUGUUGGGGCGGAUAAGAACACGGGUAUGGACAGCCCAAUGAAUGGUAUGAACUCUACGGACGGGGCCAUGAUGCACACGGGUGACAUGGAUAUGGACGACCUCCGCAGUGGUGGUCAGGCGAAUGCGGGGUGUCUGGGGAAGAAUAACAAUUGUUGCGUGAUUCAAUAG